AUGUCGACACCUUGGGCUGUGCUUUCAUUGCUUUUUGCAUACAUAUUUAUUGUCGUAGUCGGUCAACAAUUAAUGAAGACGAGAGAUGCAUUUAAUGUGAAAAGAAUUCUUAUUAUUUACAAUGCUUUGUUAGUUAUGUUAUCUGUUUACAUGCUAUUUGAGGUAGGUUUGUACAAAUAUUAAGCUGUACUUGGUAAAAGCCGUCGCUUUCGAGCGUUGAAAUCAUAACUGAAUUGAAAGCCAACUUAGUGUGUUUGGUCAGAAAAUAUAUUUCAUCUUUAAAUGAAAUUUAAAUGCCAUUCAAAUUUUUCAUUUUUAUCAUUUAGUUCAUUCUUUCGGUAGUUGGUAUUCCAAACUUCAACUAUUUUUGCCAAGGAGUGGAGAAAAAUGGAGAGCAUCCAAAUUUGUUGCGAGUAAAGAAUUAUUAUACAAUUUAGUACUUAUUUAUUUUGCCUCAUUGUUAUUUGCCUCAGUGUUAAUUCGGACUGCUCAAGGACUAAUUAUUUUGCUCAAAGUCUAACUUAUAUUUAUUUUGCCUCAGUGUUAUAAUCUGAUAUGUGAUUUUGUGUGAUUCUGCACACAAAAUAAACUUGUACAACCAAUCUAUCAGCCUUUUCAAAGAGAGUAAUACUGAUUAUCAUGUGGCCCUUAAUUCGGACUGCUCAAGGACAUAUUUUAGUAAAAAUUCUUUAAUUUCAUUUUUAGCAUGCAAUUGUAAAUUGGCUAUUUCUUAUUUCAAAGAUCGUGGAAUUUUUUGAUACGGUAAGUUAAAAAGUUACGACUGCAUAUAAACACUAUCAAAUUAAAAAGAAAAAUACAUUCUGUUUCUGGAUGCAAUUAUUAGCAGCCCCAUAAUUUGCUAAUAAUCAUCCUUUUUUUCAAAAUCAUGCAGACCUUUAUCAUUUAAUCCAUGCAAAACAGCAAAGAAAGAAGAUAUUAACCAUUCUUUCCUGCAACUUAUCCAAAAUAUAGUUAAUUAAAUACGCCUUCGCUCAUUUAGUACUGUUAUUUGUGAAUUUUGACAUAUUAAAACGCUGUUUUCGGACCAUCAGAGUUCUACCAAAUCUUCCCCCAAAGUCCAGAAAAUGGCAUUUCAGAGACGUUAAAUUUAAAAUUUUCCUCUGGCCUUCGGCCCUCGCUUUAAGCUCCCCACCCCUCCCCCAAUUAAAAAGAGCUUCCUGCGCCCUGCAUCAUCUCAAGCAACUUUAAAGGAAAAAAAGUUGAUCAAAAUAAGCGUUUUACCAUGAUAACCUAUAUAUUCAACAAAGGGCUGCAUGUACCGAAAGUUAUGUUUACUGCUAGUGGAAUGAUUCGAAUCUAUCGAUAUUAUGUUGCUUGACCGAAUCUCUCUACAAUGGCCUAUAUGUUCUAAUUACUGUAUUUUUUUCAAAGAUUUUUCUGAUUAUCAGCAAGAAAUCAGUGAGCUUUCUUCAUGCUUACCAUCAUGUCAGUGUUUGUGUUUUGUGGUGGAUCAUUGUCAAAUGGCAUCCAGGUAUGAUAAUUCUCAAAACUAAUACUUUAUAUCCUCGAUCAAAUCGUUGCCAAUUAUUAAAUCCACUGAUGUUAUCCAUAACAAGUAUGACUGCGUACCUUUAAGCAUAGUUAAAUGACCAUAUUAGUAUUACACGCAUAUGUAUGUUUCAAUGUAUAAGCUAUAUAUAUUCGUGUUAUUAUCCAACCCAAAAUCUUUAAAGUCUGCUGAAAAGGUCGAGAAAAUUCCACCUUUAAGAUCGUGUCCAAAUUAUUUUUCAGAUCAUGUGACAAUCACAUGAUCUUCAUACGACAAGACUUCACAUGAUUAGAAUAAGCAAGUUUCGAUUCAUACGAUCAAGAUAAAGUUAGUUCCACAUGGCACAGCUUGACCAGCAUGCGCAGUACCAACUCGGCAGCUGUUUGACAUAUACAUGCUGUCCAUAUUAGCCAAACAUGGACAAACGUGAACAUAUUCUAGCCUGACUGACGGGGAACUAGUUUAAUUUAAAAGACAUCCCCGCUAAGCCAGUUGGGCUUCAAAUGUGAUGGUAAUUAUAGUAUGAUGCUGGCUAACAUGUAACUAAGCAGCCCGGUAAACCAGUCAUUCUGAAAUCUGCUAUGUUAAGUACUGAUAAGUUUUAUUAAUUUAUUUUUGUCUUGUUUUUAGGAGGAACAAGUAAGUAUCUAAUCUCAGAUUAUAAACAAUUCAUAAAGCUAGUUCAGCACCAUGCACAUACCAUUGCAAUUAUACAGUGUGUACAAUUUACAAUACUUUAGUAUCGCAUGGUUCAGUGUCCUUGAGGCUUUGACAGGUUUUAUGGAAGCGAUAAUGUUCCUCAUAAUCUUUGCAUUUGUGAGCCACUUUUCCAAACGAGAUUUGUUCAAUUUCUUGAAGCAGCCGUUUCAUAUUUGAGAUUGAGUUACCUGCAAAAAAGUGAGCUUUCCGGAUUCUGUUUUCUGAGGAACAUUUGCCUGAGUAAGAAAAUUGAGAGCAUUUACAAUUUUUCACACUUCCGUAAUGGGAAAAUCUUAAGUAAUCAUUAUGUCAAGUUCCUUAUAUUUUCCAAACAUUGUUUCAACAUGAAGUAUUUGUAAUUAGGCCAACACUGAACGCAGGCUCGCGUUGCACGUCAUAUCAGUCAUGGCAACACGUUAAUUGUUUUCUAAAUUUUUUGUACAAACCUGCAAAAAAUAGAUGAAAUUUCAACACUUUUAAAUACAGAACAAUUAAUUUCUAAAAUAUAUAAAUAUAUAUACCAUAUUAUUUUGGUUUCUAUGGGCUUUAUUUUAAUGUAAAAUUCAAAACGAAACUCUACGUAAAACGUUCUUAAAUAUGAAUUAAAAUUAACUGCUUUUUGCCGAUAUUUAUAAACUCUUCAACUCGAGCUAAAACUUAUUAAUACUCGCACUUUGAAAUGAAAUAAAUUUAAUUCGUACAGGGCGCUAACGAAAAUAAUUCGCUUUAUUUUUUAUCAUGAACUUCUACAAAAUUUAAUUUAACAAGGAAAUUUUCGCAAACAAUGCAUAGAAAAGACUUAAAGAUCAAGAACAAAGUCCAUAUUAAAUACAAAUGUCAAAGUCAUCAACAUAAACAACUGAAACAAACUUGCCCUAUACUUUAGGAUUUCUCGUACUGAAUCAAUUCUUAUAAAUGUUUACGUUUAAAGAUUGUAAAAACGUUUUACAAUUUGUUAUGUGAAACAAUUUUCCAAGCUUUCUUAGCUACAUGUAUUUUUUACAUCCCUUGCCUUCUUCACUCCAGGAAAACAUCCAAAUUUUGAGAUCAGUGUGAUGACCACCCACCCAAAACGCACAGUGCCCCACGCCCGCGAUUAAUGAUGAACUUUAGACUUCGCUAAUGCUUUCGUUUCCCCGUGUGUAAAUAGUCGGGCGGAAUUAGCACCCUCGCCCCGGGCUUGCGCCCGGAACGGCGCUCCGCGCCGUUGGCUCGGGGUUAUUUUGAGAUUGUGAAUAAGUGUUGUUCAGUGUUCAAAUCUGGCGUAAUGUACGUCAAAUUUUCCGUGGAACAAUAAACACUAUUUCCAGGUUUGAGAAUUGAUAAUGGAAGAAGAUGUAAGUAACAAAAUGUAACAAAAUGUAACAUUUGUUUAAUAUCCAAUAAAUUUCAGCAUACUUUGGGGCUAUCAUAAAUUCUUUCGUACACGCAGUCAUGUAUUUUUAUUACUUGUUAUCCGCACUUGGUCCUCGAUUCAAGAAAUACUUAUGGUGGAAGAAAUAUCUGACAUCACUUCAAUUGGUGAGUUUUUUUUUGGCAGUUAUACGAAUUAAACUGUUUUCAUGCAUUAUACGUAGAAUUCAUUGUUCUCAAAUUUGGAGGCAAUAAAACUGGUUUCCUAUCAUGUCGUUGUUAACUUGUACCAUAGUAACUCAUUUAUUUAGCGAAAAACAUGCAAUACCAUACACGAAUUUCCAAUAAUUGAUCGAAUUGUAUAAUUGCACAUCCAAAGCUACCUUAUAGAUACUAAUUUCCAGUUCAAAAAGUUCCCAAACUAUCGACCGUAUUCUAAAAGCUCACUCACACUCAUGCACACUCAAUGAGUAGUGGAGGUUCAAUUGGAACUUUUCUCGAGUGUCAUUCCUGUUUUUGAAUAGCUGGAGGGUUAGUGCCGUACCGUAUUAUGUGACUGCUCACCCUCCAGCUAUUCAAAUACAGCAUUGACACUCAAAGGAAGCUCUGAUUGAACUUCCACUCAUUGACUGUGAGUGUGAGUGAGCUUUUAGAAUACGGGCGUAUGUGUUUCUAAUAGUAUGGCAGAUCAUAAUUGUUACUGAUUUUUUGCAAUUAAAUGUGAAUCAUGGAAAUAGGAUUAGCAAUUUGAACACAUUUCCAAGUCAUUAUUACGACAUAACGAUAUAUUUAUGUUUUUUCAACAGCUUCAGUUUACAAUGGUGUUCGUUUAUGUUAUACAUGCAAUGACUGUGGAAGGCUGUAGCUAUCCUCGUUGGUUACUCUGGAUCUUUAUUGGUUAUGAUAUCUCUUUGUUAAUCCUGUUUGGAAAUUUUUAUAUUCAAGAAUAUGUGAAGAAAAGUAGAAAGAAAGCGGACGUGAAAUCAAAAUAAACUUUUUUCUCAAAUAAUGUGCUCUGUUGUUUUGUUUAAAAACAUCGUUAAUUAGAAAUUUACAAAGAUUUUCGGAUUUCUGGUGUAUAGCGUUUCAAUUUUCAGAACGUGGUAGAUCGGUGCUGAUCAAAAUAAGUUAUAUAUAAACUAGAAAUACAUGCACGCAACAACGUACCCCUCGCCUAUAUUCUCCAAACAUUGUUUCAACAUGAAGUAUUUGUAAUUACGUCAACACUGAACGCAGGCUCGCGUUGCACACGUCAUGUUAGUCAUGGCAACACGAUCGAUAAUUGUUUUUUUAAAAUUUUUUGUACAAACCUGCAGAAAAAUAAAUGAAACUUGAACACUUAAAUUAUUUUAAUUUUCAUGGGCUUUAUAUUAAUAUAAAAUUCAAAACGAAACUCUAGGUAAAACGUUUUUAAAUGUGAAUUGGAUUAGGCUAACUGCUUUUUGCCGAUAUUAAACUCUAUAACUUAUUUAUACUCGCAUUUUGAAAUGAAAUAAAUUUAAUUCGUACAGAACGCUAAUGAAAAUAUUUUGCUUUCUUUUAUCAUGAACUUCUACAAAAGUUAAUUUAACAAAGAAACUUUCGCAUACAAUACAUAGGAAAGAUUUGAACAACAAGAACAAAGUCUAUAAUAUAUAAUACAAAGUAACAUAAUUAAUUAUAAUAACAAUGAAACAUCGAAAACAUUUAUUUUAGUGUUAUUAUAAACAAAUGAUGAAUGUUUUCAUUCGUGAAAUAGUGAAUUCAUUCGACCUCGUGGACUGAAAAAUUUCAUCUUCACAUAAUGCAAAUAUUUUCACCAUUGCACCCAUAAAUUAUUAUUUGUAUAAAAUAAUCCUUAUUUCACACACAAUUCGCACCUCGUGCAGUCGUCUACGGCUCUUCGCAAAUAGCCACAUCCCACAUGUGUGAUUCCUUACCCGCCUUGUCGACGUUGAAGCACUUUAGGUGCAUGUUAACCGUCACCAUAUCAUUUGUUUUCUAGUCGCUGUAUACCAGAAGAAACUUCUGCGGGAUUUCCCCAUUCUUCCGUUACGGAAGUCUCUCAUACAACUUAUACCCAUAUUUUUCAAAUCGUGAUGUGAUCGAAAAUAUAUAGUGUUGGUUUUAAUUUUUUAAAUGCGCACAAGCAUGGAUUCAAAUUAUAAACCUUACAAAAUCGUAUAAUUAUAUGAUUUCUACUUCAAACAAUAGUGUCUGGCAUAUAACUAUAUGUCAUGUUGUGUUAUAUACGUUAUGUCCUCUCACACUCUGCAGGCCGCGGCUGGCUUUCGAACCAUUGGAUUGAAGACUGGAAAUUAUGUACUACUUCAAACACGAGCAGCAGUGUUUAAUUAGAUAUAAUUAAUAAAGAUACGAUUUGCUUCAAAAACUAUUGAUCUAGUAAGUUCAUUGGCGAAGUAGUUUUGAAAAAAUAAGUUGUGUAAAUCGAGAAAAUCGAAGUUAAAGUCUAUAUAAAUCAAGGGAAAUCUGUAUCACAUAUAAAGAUUCGACAAUCUUAUGAUUUUCUUUGUGUAUUCCUAAUGAAUUAUUGAUAAGGAUUUGAAUAUACUGAAUGUCAUAAGCCUGCUCGUUUAUAUUAUUGUCAGCAUUGAACAAGGUAAUCAAUUCAACACAUAAAGUAACGUUUCGACUUUAUUGUAUUCAUCAAAUAUAAUCCUACUUUACAAGGGAACCCAAUUUAUACCCUCCCAAUCUUACUAAUUAUGCAGAAUAUGAAUCACGAAAUCUUAAGCGAUGUCGAAAUCAAAAUACUGGGUAAAGGAUUAGCAUUUGUACACACUUCAUUUAAAGAGAAUGAAAUGGAUUUGAGAGAGGAUUUCCAAGAGUUCAGUCGAAGAAUGAGGUUUAAGUGGUAUUUUACAGAUAAUGUAACGCCGGAUUUUAGCGAAAUUCCAGCUUUUCGCACUAAAUCGACCUGGACGACACCAUAGCGCUGUUCAGCGUUAGAACUAUUUCUUAGUCAAAUUGAAAAAUAGUUACUUGAAUAUGUUCGCCUAAAAACUUUAUGGCAGCAUAAUUUAAACAAAGAUGUGUGGCAAAUAUUGAAAACGUUGAUAGAAGACAAUAGUGUCAUUAUUAAACCGGGGGACAAAGGGAUCGUGUGUGGUUGUCUGGGUUCGAGACGAUUAUUUAGCGGGAGGAUAUUCACAACUCGGAAAUGAUAAAGUUUAUACUAAGGUUGAGAAUUUUGCGAAUGAAAAUAUGGGUAAUUUAGUGGGAGAAAGUAAUAAAAUGUUUCAAGAUUUAUAUGACCAGGCUAGUAUUUCUAAAGAUGAACUUAGGUAUUUAUCAUACGAGUAUAAAAACUCGGGUUCAUUAGGUCGGUUAUAUCUUUUACCCAAAAUUCAUAAGAGACCAAGUAAUGUACCAGGACGUCCCGUGAUCUCUAAUUGCGGAAAUUCCACCGAGAAAGCUUCAAAAUAUUUAGCUCAUCAUCUGAAGCCCAUUAUGAAGGCCGAUAAGUCCUACAUUAGAGAUACAGGACACUUCCUGGAGAAACUUAAAGAAAUUGGAAAGAUACCCAAAAAUGCAUUAUUAAUUACCGCUGAUGUUACGAGUCUUUACCCCAGCAUCCCACACGAUGAUGGUCUACCCGCCCUAUAUGCCAAAUUAGAGGAUCCUAAGGAUAAGAAGGUGCUAGCCUGCGAGCAGGCUCUGUGGGUGAAAGAGAGCCUGCAAAGAUCCCAAUGAUAUUUACGUGCAUGCGUCCAAUAUUUGGACGCAGAGCUCUGAUUGGUUGAUAACUGAUUCAAAUGAAGUGAUUGACAAGCUUCGGUAAACUACACUUCCCGUUUGUAAAACCGAGCAACGCAAAGCUUCGGAAUUGCGGCAAUGUAGAGAUAAAAGUGUCAUGUAUUUUGUAUCCUUGUUGACUUUUUACUGUAAAUUAAUAUAGUAUUCAUAUAAAGACGAAUACUAAAAGCUUGCAUGCUUUAUUGAGUGUCCUGGGCUUGUCUGACUUCUAGGCUAAGAAAAGACUGAACAAAUUCGCAAACCGAAACCUAGGGACAAGGCAUUAUAUCGCUUCUCUUUCAUGAAACAAUAUUGAGAAUUAUUCUGAUAAUAUUCAGUGCAUAUUGUUUGUAUUAAGCUUGUUUUACAAUGUUAUACUGACUAUUUAAUAUUUAUAAGUAUGCGGCGUUAAAAUGUACAGUAAUUUACUCGUCACUUUGUUUACAAUAAUUAUCACAUGCAUGUUUACUGCAAUUCCACUUUUUGUUGCAAAAUUUGAACUAUAAACAUAUUAUUAAAUUAUGUCCAAUGUCCAUGGUAUAUCAUAUAUGUCUAUGUCUCACCAAAGCCAUAAAUUUCAGUAAGUUAUAUUAUUACUAUAUAUAUAUAUAUAUAUAUAUAUAUAUAUAUAUAUAUAUAUAUAUAUAUAUAUAUAUAUAUAUAUAUAUAUAUAUAUAUAUAUAUAUAUAUAUAUAUUUAUUGCCGAUUGCAGCAUGAAGCAAUUCCAAACAACUGAAUUAGUUAGCGGGUAAUAUACAACUUUAAACUUACUGUGCCUACAGAAACACAUGCAGAUUGUAAUAAAAAGUACAAAAAUUACACUGUAAAACCUUGAGCCGUUUUAACUUUUUUAGUAUGCCCCAGUGGCGGUCUGUAUACGAAACUAUAAACGAAAGAAUACAAUAUAAAAUCGGUUUAUGUUUACAAUAUUGAAGUGUAUUUCCAGUCUGCGCUGAUUGGUUAUUAUUAAUUGACCUGUGACAUCCUAAUCGAAGGGCGGCAUGCAGUCAUCAUAGGGAUACUUGCAGGCUCUCUUUCACCCAGAGAGCCUGCUUGCAGGCUAGAAGUUAUGGAGUGACGCUACCUCCAAAGUCUAAAGGGCUAACUCCAAACCAAAAUAUGCACUUGAGUAACUUUUGUAAUUCAAAACUAACUGAGUUGAAAUAUGAAUUGUGGAGUUACUGGCUAACUCCAAAAAUCAUUUGGAGCUAGGUAUAACUCCAACAAUAAUUUAGAAGCUAGGCAUCCUGCUAAGCCUGGAGUUACUGACUAAUUCCAAAACUUAUUUGGAGCUAUAAUAAACUAUAACUCCAAAAAUUAUGAAAAAACUAGGUAUCUAAGCCUUGAGUUACUGCAUAACUCCAAAAAGUAUGUGUUGUAAACUUGCAGUUACGUGCUGUGUUGCUAACUCCAAAAUCAUUUGGAGCUUGUUAUCUAAGCCAGGAGUUACUGACUAUAACUGGAAUAACUGCAAGAAUGCACUCAGAUUAUGCUCAAGACGGGAAAGUUAUUCAUGGAUAUCCUGUGGACAUGGAUGCAAGGUCACUCAGGGAGUGUGGAGGGAAAUAUGCGAUCAGAUUCCCGAAUUUCUUUUAAUCUUUUUCUGAAUAACUUUAUAACUAUCUUUAUAUUAAAUAACUUUUGAUGGCUUAUCUACCGUCCGUUUUCUUUUCCGACUCGCCUGGCUUCUUGUUGAACUUGAGCAAGAAAAUGUGGCCCUGUUGGCUAAGUUAAUUACUAGGGAGUUUAAAGGCCUGAUUCCUCGGGCGCUUUCUUCGGCGAAAUGCGAAAACUUUCGCGCGCAAUGAAUUAGGUACAUGCGCCGUAAAGAUAAAUUAGGAUUCGCGAGAAAAAUUUCGCUUUACCAGUGAGUAGAAGUCAGUUCUACUGCGAAAGCGGAAAAAGUGGGAAAAUUCAAUAGAAUCGCUCAUGUGCAACCAUCCGUAUUUCGCAGACACAAAUCACACAAUGGACAACUUGCAUGUUAGACUAAAUUUUAAUCUAAGUAAGGGUCCACACACCCCACGCGAUUCGACAAGGCGAUGCGAUUUUUCUAGUUUUCACUCAACGAUAACUUUGAUCCUAGUUUAAAUUUUCCAAAUAUUUAGAAGCGGUAUAACAUUUUGAGUUAUUUGGUCUACAUAUCUUUUAAAAUUUACUCUCAUUGGCUGUUUUAUUAACUUUCAAAAACUAAAAAAUCGCGUCGCCUUGUCGAAUCGCGCCCGGUGUGUCUGGACCUUAAAGAGAAGGGAAUCAAACACGACAGUUAAAAAGAACAUAAUGAAAUUAGUAAAAUUGCAAAAUUUGGUUGCGAAAUGUUGUAAAAUAAAGAAAAUAUAGCCUUGCGAAGUUUGCAUAUUUUCAGUAUAUUUGUAUUACGUGCGGAAAUUGUUACCAUUUUCGGCUCAAAAAUGGUAACAAUUUCCGCACGUAAUACAAACAUACUGAAAAUAUGCAAACUUCGCAAGACUAUAUUUUCUGUAUUUUACAACAUUUCGUAACCAAAUUUUGCAAUUUUACUGAUUUUAGUAAGUUCUUUACGGGAAUUUACUUUUUUUUGCCUAAAUCAAAAAUUAGUCUAUUAAACAUGCAAGUUGUCUAUUUCUCGCGAAGAAUUUCGCCGUCGCGGAAUCAGGCCUAAACUGCUAAAGAUGCGACAACGAACAACGGGUACGCCCGGGUACGGAAUACGGCUGAAAGCUUGUUUUCGCAUUGCUUUAACUGAGGCAGACAAAAUUUACAUAUUCCCAGAGCAUACUUUUCACCGUACGUAGCGACCUUGGCUACAGCGUAAUAAUCACAUUCUUGUGUUGUAAAACAGAAUCAAGAACAUGGCACCGAAACUGACUACCCAACGUUGCAGGUUGAAGAGCAUUUUUGUAAAGAAAUGAUGAAAAUUAAAAGAUGAAACUUACCGAACACAAAGCCAUGCAUGCACAUAAAACAUAUUUGGGAUAAAUUUGUUAUGACAAGCAUUUAUUAUUUGCAUACAUUAACAAAAACUAUUUCAAACGUAGUCGGUAAUUUGUCGUCAAGAUCUUAAACUCCCUAAUAGUGGCUGACGCGACGUGGCAGGAACUCACAGAUGUAGGGUCGGCUGGCAUUUGUAACAAAGGAAAUCUUCUAUAUUGAGUUCCAUGCUUAUAGAAUUUGACGCCGGUGCAUUACUGCUGGGAUUCAUAGGACGAUUUUCUCUUAUAGACUUACUUUUUUAAUUGAAAAUCGAAAACACAUGGUUUGAAACCCAGCAGUUUUCGUACAGAAUAUCACCAGUGUAAUAUCUUUCUUCAGACUUGUAGUCACUGGAAAUGGGUACCUGGCUACACAAUGCGACGAGUUGCUUUGACUAAGUUAUGUGCCAAAUAAAUGAGACUUUUUGAAUGUGAUUUUUACAAAAGUUUGUUGAAAGAAGUUCCAUGCAAGAAGAAAUCUCCUCCUUAAAAUGCAUAAAACUGCAAAGCAGUCAAAUAGCAUUUGAAAUGCGAAGUAACUAGAGUAGAGAAAAUAUCAUAGUGUACAUGGAAGUUCUUAAACACACUCUAAAAAUACUCUGACUGGUUAAAUUAGAAAUAACUCUACUUGGGUUAACUUAAUACCCUUGGUUAAUUUUCCUGCUUAUUUUAACCUAUUGCCUAGUAAUUCAUUUCACCAGGACUUCCUGAUUAAAUAACCAGACUAUGUUCAUCGGUGGAUAAAUAACCAGGAAUAUGAUCUUUUGUGCACUUGGGUUUUACUUAAGAAAAAUGUACUGCAUUCAGCAAACCAUUCUUAAUGUUUAGAUUGAAUUGCUCCACCCGAAGCCAGGAUGGAUUGAAAUGGAUCCAGACACAUUGUGGGAACAAUUUCUGGAUGUUGUCACAGAAGCUGUCGAAGGUACAUUUGGAUUUCAAUGUUUGCAAAGGAAGUUCUGACGUUUUUGCAUGUACUGAUGGAAUUUAAAUAACUUAUGCAACCUAUAGCUACACCAAAUACAUAAUUAUAUUUGCGUGUGAGUGUCAGAUUGCUAUUAAAUAUAGAUAUGUGCCAGCUGAAUAUUAAAAAAAAAAUAAAAAUAAAAAUAGAAGGCCUAGGUCUAGGCUGGAUAUGUGCAAUGAAUGUACUAGAUAAUUGAAAUGUAUAAUGUUGUAAACCAUUUUUAAACUUAGGAGCAAAUGUCCGCUAUGAAGAUAUUGCUGCUCUCGGUAUAUCUACGCAGAGAGGAACGUUCCUAAAUUUUGAUAAGUAAGUUACAUUUUUGUAAGCCAUAUAAACAAAAGAACUGUUUUAAAUAAAACAAAAUGUUUAGUUAUGUUUUAUAUAAUACCUUAUUGAAUUCUGAUAGUUUAAUUGGCUGUUUAUGGUCACGUGAUAUUGAAUACACUCUUUGUGCUUUCGAUAAAUCGCAUCCGUCAACAUGCUUCUCAUACGAAUCGUCUAUUUUGGUGUUAUAUAAAACUAUAUAUUUCGGUGAAAGAUGGAAUGUUCCAUUCAACUCGGCUGUCGCCUCGUUGAAUGGAACAUUCCAUCUUUCACCUCAUGAAAAUAUUCUUACCAUUGCACUCAUUCAUUAUUUGUAUAAUAGAUGCUAAUCAAACUGUGUAUUUUGUAAACCACUCUCCUCCUUUUGAUUACGACCUUAGAGUUGGUGAUAGCUCGAUUCCAAUUGCCACUAAUAUUAAAAUUGUAUGUGUUACUUUGGACAAGCGCCUAACGUUUGAACUUCAUAAGAAUGAAAUCCUUGAAAAGGUUAAUGCUAAAGAGGCAGCUCUGUGAGGUCUAACGUGCUUCAUCCCAAUUGAAGUAGCGCAAACUGUAUAAGGCCUACAUCCUACUGCACUUUUGCUGUCCUGUCUUUCUUGAUAUUGGGAAAUGCCUUGAUAGGAAAUUGGAGUCCGCCAACCAUUACGACCAAAAAAUAUGAUAAAGGUAGCUCUACCCUAUCUAAUAUGGGCAAUACUGCUGUUUACGAAACUGUUUUGAAUAUGGCGUACGUCACUGUGUAUUUUGGAACAAAGGCGAUUUGAACAGUCACUUGUUUUGGCAUGGAGCUCAAUAAUUUCAAACUUUUUAAAGUACGGAAUACACGCUAUAAUCUUAGAAACUGCAGUGGUUUAAACUUUGAUAUUAAAAUAUAAUAUGUUAUUUCAGCAUGAUUCGUAUUCGUACAUUAUCUCACAUAUUUGGAUUGAACUUCCUUUUGAUAUUAAAAACUCUAAAUCGUUAACCGAGUUUUGUACUCAAAUUUCUAAAAUAGAUGUUACUGACAAGUCAAAUCUGGGUUGUAAGUGUGCGAGAUGUAUAUAAUAUUUUAAAAUUUAGUUCUAGUUAUCUAAAUAGUCUAAUUACCUAUUUUAUGAUUGUACAUAUAGAGUAGAUAGUCGAGUAUUUUUAACAUGAGACUAUGACUCGGGAAGCAAUCAUUCCCUAUACUAUUGACUUUAAAUAAAUUGUAUUGUAUUGUAUUGUAUUGUAUUGUAUUGUAUUGUAUUGUAUUGUAUUGUAUUGUAUUGUAUUCAGGGUUUUUUUCAGGAUUUUCUCUUGGGUCCGUUUUUGCAGAGAAGAUUGAGUUUAGCUGAACAGCUGGGGGUCUGGGGCGGCUGUCUCCCCCCCCCCCUGCCCACUUCAGUGUAGUUGAGAUGCAAUGUGUUAAAGCAGGGGCACUAAAGGACACUAUAAACUGGUUAAAGAUUGCGAAUGUGUUGUUUUUAUUGUGUUGUGAAAUGAAUUCCAGCCAUAUUUCUCUUAAUUUUCGGGUUUUCAACUGAAAACUAAUUUGCACACGUCAUGAAUUUAACUCAAACAACUUCAUUUUACUGCACAGAAUCUUUUGAUGACAAGAUUGAGUUUCAAAACUCAAUUCAAGAUUGAGUUUUAAAACGGCCCUAAAAAAUCCCUGAAAAAAACCCUGGUAUUGUAUUGUAUUGUAUUGUAUUGUAUUGUAUUGUAUUGUAUUGUAUUGUAUUGUAUUGUAUUGUAUUGUAUUGUAUUGCAUUGCAUUGCAUUGCAUUGCAUUGCAUUGUAUUGUAUUGUAUUGUAUUGUAUUGUAUUGUAUUGUAUUGUAUUGUAUUGUAAGGUCUUCAGGAGUAAAAUUGUGCUCUUCAACAUGCAAUUUUGAUAUCACCAUCAGUGAGAACAAUCACAUUGUGAACGCAAGAUUUCACAAAAAGCUACAAAAGUUUGACUGAUUACAAAGGUUCUCCAUCUUUGUUCGCCUGUUUAGUUAUUUCUGAAGUUCACCACAAUCUUAUUUUCCUGUAGACACAGUGGUCGUCCAAUACAUAAUUUUAUUACUUGGCAAGAUUUAAGAGCAACGGAAUUGACUGAGAAUUGGAACAAAUCGUUUACUUUAAAGGUAACAAUCUAUUUAUUGUAAUUCACCAUUCUGAAAUUGAUGAAGGAGUCUCUGACCGCGCGUCAAAAAGAGAAGAAAUGAACUUUAUCGAUAUUAAAAUUAGUAAGACUUGGGACUCGGUCCCAUUCUCCUCGUCAACUUCAGAAUCCGUAAUAAUUGUGAAGAUUUGCGUGCUAACACAAUAGCCCUACUGGCAAGUACGUCAUUUUGGGUUAUAGAGCCUCGUUUUCGUGAAUGUGACAUUAGGGAGCUUAAGAUACACCAAACCUACGACGCGGGCGUGACGAAAAACUGCCGCUAUUAUCACAGUUUCACUUCACAGGUAAAAAGUAUGGAUUGUUGUUGGUAAACAAGGCCAGGGACACGAGAAAAACAAAGUAAAACUAGUCUCCAAUUAUUAGCGACUGUUUUUUAGUCGCGUCCGCGUCGCAGAUAGCACAAGAUGACGUACUUUCCGCGGAAGGUGAAUUUGGACGUACAUUGCUGAUUGGUGGUCAUAGCUAUGGCAGAAUUUGUAAUUAAUUAUAUGCUAUAUAUACACUGUCCUCUAUGGUAUGUUAUUUUGUCUAAUAUACACUACGAUUCCUCCCAUUGUUUUGAGCUUUUGCUCUCUUAGUUUGGUAGCGCAGACGACAUAGGAAGACGUUUGGUUCAAUCAGUUUAUACGGUCCCGCUUUCGAAUUCCCAGGCUGGAAUGAGAGGCAAAAUGAUUUUUAUGCACUGAAAUAAGUUACGGUUUGUGAAACAAGAAAAUUACAUUAUUUUUUUUAUUAUAGUUUGCUGAAUCAUUGCAAACGAAAGACAGUUUAAACACCAAAAUAAUUUUGUUCAACUAUAACAUUAUUGAACAAAAUCUGUCGUAGGUUCCCAGCGCAGCGCCGCCAAUUCAUUCAACUUUAAAUAUACUUCAUGUAAUAUAUCGGUAUUGUGCUUGACGUAAUUCAUGUUAAAUCGUAAAUAAGUCUUUGUAUGUGUAAAUUGAUACGUCACAGUGACACAUUGUAAUUUGGUAGGGUAAUCAAAUAGCUAGGGAGUGAUUGAAUGUCAUUGUUGCCGUCAGAUCGUAGCGAGACAAUCGGAAUGUUUAACAGUCUAAAACUCACGUUGUAAAUAGUAUACUUUCACAUAUUACAAUCAAUACAAUUAUAAAAUACAGUCCCUUGAGCGUUUACUGAAUGAACCAGACGGUGGAAUCACAAGUUCCGCAACAAAAUCUGUUCAAUAAUGUUUCGCGUAUAUAUUUUAAACAUUGACUAUAUAGUGCGUAUGCAUGAGAGCAAUGUAUUGCAUAUUUAGAUUUUUGAACGUAUGUACAGAAAAGUAAACCACCAAUUUUUAGUCAUUUAUAAUUUAUCCUUUGUAUAUGUACUGAAUAAUAAUGAAGGCGAGUAAAGAUUACUGUAUUGUAAUUAGAUCUGUAAGUGCUGUGUGCCUAAGGCCGGAUCAGUUCUGCCGAAUCUCCCGCAUUUUUUGGUCAGGCGGAACCGGAGUUGCUGUGCUUUCUCCCAGCUCCGGCUCGGGCAGGAAAGAAAUGUGACAAUUUUGUAGAAUUAGUGUUGGUUACUGAGAAAUAAUAGCAACAUCGAAUUUAUUGAAAGUACAAUCAUAUAUAAUCUGAAGUCGUAUCUUUGGGACAAAAUUGAGCUGAAUAAUAUCCGCCAUUAUCCGGUUAUAGACUUUACAUCUCCUGUGUUGUGUGAACCAACGCAGCUGGAGCUUUGAGCUGUAAAGCAGCUGGAGCCAGUGCCAGAUUUGCACAUCACUAAGAUCUAUCUGCUAAUUUGUUCAUAUUUAUUUGUGUCAUUUUAUUUUUAGGGCUUACAUUUAAGUGCUAAAGCAUUACAUUUCUUAUCAAGACGGAAACAAUUUCUUGCUGCUAGUGUUAUAAAUUUUUCAACCCAACACGUGAGUUGUCAAGAUAUAAUGACCAUAAAGUGUAUUGAAAAAUAAGGCUAACCUGCCCACAGGGUUUAAUUCACAGUCUGGUGUUUUGACCAAGGUUUAUAUGGCUGCAACGUCUGUUACUAACACCACAUGCAAUUUCUUAUGAAAUGCGACUUAUACUGUUUUCUAUCAAUGAAUGGUAUAUGUUCGUAAAAUCUUUUUUAGGUUUCUGUGAGAUUAAGUUGGGUGCUGAAAAAUAAUAAUGAGGUAUUUUUUCAUUGAAUAAAUGUGCCAGCAUGUUCAUUUUUAAUACUGUAGCGUGAUAAUAUAGCAAUAUAUAUAGUAAUGACAUGAAGCAUUUGUGCUGUAACUGGCAACGAAUUUUGUAUACAGAGCCAUUGAUUCACUCUGCUGAUAAAUAUAGAAAGAGAAAUUAAAUAGGAAACAUAUAUUCUGAUUGUAUAAUUUAUAGUGAAUAAUUCCAAUUGAUUCCAUGAAAUUGAACUUGAAAAUGAUGUGACCAACAGCCGAUUCGCGCCUAAUCCCAUUUUCAAAGCUAACUUUGUGCAAAUCAGACAAAAAUGUAAAAAUAAAGUGAUGUUGAACAAUUCGCAGAAAUUGUUUCAGGUUUUGAAGAUUUCUCCCGCUCAAUAGUUGCACUAAAUAGUCUGGUCGUUGUUUUCUUUACUUAAAGAUGAUAAAGAAAGCAAGUCAAGGGUCAGUAUUAUUUGCUACAGUGGAUACUUGGCUAUUAUGGAAAUUAACAAAAGGUUAGCUCCUCACAAUAUUUUACCACCAUGCAUGCAUGCCUUUCUUAUAUAUAGCCUAUAUCUGAGGCUUUCAACAACAGAAUAAAUUUUAGAUAUCCACUUUACGAAAAUCAACCAAUUGAAAAUUCGGUGACAACUCCAUUGGCCAAUUGUUUUUACGGUCAAAUGUCCUAAUGCCCCUAUCGGAUAAAUGUCCGUAAGCUAAAAGUUUGUCGGCUAAUCGCAAAACUUGAAUAAUUUAAUAUUUAGGAUUUGUAUAGAAUUUUAUUUUUUAAAUUUAUGAAGGUUAAAAUUCAUAAAGUAUCAUAGAACGAAUCUUUUUUCCAGGACAAUGUCAUGUAACAGAUUAUUCCAACGCCAGUUCGACAGGCAUGUUUGAUCCCUUUGUGGUGGGUAUCUAUUGUAUACACUGUGUUGUUUUUCACGUAUUGUUUCUAUUAGGUUGUUUUUAGUUUUAAAUGUGUUGUUCUUCAACACGUAAAGACAUUAGCGUGGUUAAAAUGAAUAUAACAUUUACUUUUACCAGAUGUGUUGGAGUUCGUUGAUGACAACAUUUUUUGAAAUUCCGCUGUCCAUACUGCCUGAAGUCGUUGAUACAAGGUACUGUACAAAAUAAAAUACACACAUGCAGAAAAACAGUUUCUAAAAUAGAAAAAAAUGCGUUUAUGUACUGCUACAAUAUUUAUGUCUGUAUGUUUAAAUAAUGGUAUCCCACAUAUAACAUAUGUGGCAUGGUAAUCACGUAAUAAUACGACUGCAAUGCAUUUAGAAUUUUAAAAUACCAAGCAAAUAUUAUACUGUAAUAAAAAACCUCAGCUGUGAUAUAUUUUCGUUGAUAUAGUGGCAAAUUGUGCGAAACUCAUGAGGAUAUUUUUGGCGGAGCACGAAUACCUGUGACAGCACUGGUAUGUUUUCUUAGAUCUUAUGAAUUUUAUAUCGCCAACCAAAUGUAAUUCCCCGAGACCCCGAAUGUAUCCCCCGUCCAGAAUGUAAGCAAACAUGCAGUGCCUGCAUAUAAUCAGUUACUUCGUUUUACAUUUGGUAAACGUACCACGCUAAUUUGUCCGAAUUUCCUUUGUGAAUCGUGCAAAGACAAAGUGAUAUAUUAAAGAAAUAUAGCCUGUAUAGGUAAUAGUAUAGGUGAUAGUGUUGGUAAUAGUAUAGGUAUAAUAGUAUAUAGUUUCGAGAGGAAUUUUGAAAACACUGAUCUGCAUGCACGAGUGAGUUUUUCGAAGACGAUGAAUAUUGCUCGACUCCGAAGGACGUGUGUAAUUUGUCUUUGAAAAAUUCACGUGUUUAUGUUUUUCCAAAUUGCACGAGAAACGAUGAUACCAAGUUUAUUACUUAUAUAAUAUACAUGACAAAAUUAUGCAGAAGCAAUUCAUGGUCACUCGCAUGAAUGAAACACAUGUAAAAUAUAUAAUUUACUCAUACACUUGUACAUGUGUUAUGAUUGUGCAUGUAUCAUUUAAAACAAAAUGAAUAUUAUUUAGUGAUGAAGAAUCUUUUAUCUAGAUUGCAGAUCAACAAGCUUCAGUAUUUGGACAGUGUUGUUUUGAUGUUGGUGACAUAAAUCUUACCAUGGGAACAGGAAGUUUUAUAAAUAUUAAUACUGGACAGUAUCCGCAUGCUUCAGUAGCAGGUGAGUUUGAGUCCCUAUUAACAUAAUUAUGUUGAUAUACCGCAUGUCUGGUUUUUAGAUGACAAGCAAGGCUUACGGAUCAAAAUAACAAUAUGUGGACGUUGGUAUUUGUCAACGUGAUAAAAAAUAAAAUAGGUUAUACUUGGCGCACAAACAUAUAUUUAUGUUAGGGAUAUAGGAUUUUGAUUGGGAUCACGAUAAGCAGGUAGUAAUCACUUGCCUAAUAAGCUAGCCGGUAUCUCCAUUAUUGGAUUCAAUUGUUGCAACAUCAUCAUGGAAUAACCACGUCUAAUUUCUGCCCCUCCUCUACUAUUUUACGACAGAACGCCCCCUCCCACACCCAUAAAGGAGGUGUUCCAAACACUAGUGCCAACACAUUUUAACCUUCAUACGUAAUUAUAAUGUGUUGUCGCGUUGCAUCCACACACUCCCACUGCCUCUAUUAUUGUUAGCACUUUGUAUGUUGACUGUUUCAUUAAUAUAACUGAAGAGAUUGACCAAUUUCCUUCGAAUAUACUGGCAGAUGAUAAUAUCCGGUUUUCCAACCACUAACUCUGUCAUCCUCAAUAAGUUCUUCAUAUGCUGCUUCCUUGCAGUAAAUCUCUCUUCCUGCGGGACCUUUAGGUCCAAUAUCAAAUUCCAAGCUUAGCUUAUUCGUUCCACACAAAGAUGUCUGAUCGCUGUUUUAUUCUCACGAGAGAAAAAAAAACUGAGCGGAGAAACGUCGAACGUCCGUUAUAGAUGAUUUCUUUCCAACAGUUGCCCAACUUCUUUUCCUUCGUGGAAAUUCGCUCUUCCACUUUUGGCAACUUGCUCUCAUUGAUGCCACUGAUUUUAUCUUGUAGUGCAGUGCGCCAAUAUACCUGAUUAUGGCGCCAUGUAUACCUGUUCAGAGCAAGGUUGCAGUUCGACAAAAUAUGUCUAACUUACCCCUUUUUUCUACAUCUACGUUCAUCUUCAUCUGAGAUUUUUAGUACAAGAUUACAUCAUAGGUUAACUUGAUAAUAAAGGUAAUCCUCGCUGGUUCUCAUGCCCACAGUUCUUUCCUGUUUAUCUUGUGAGACACCACGAACUCUUCCAUUUUUACACAUUUACUUUGUUGGUUAUGUACAUUGCACAAGAAUAGAUGGAGUCAACGCUUUUCCAUUUCCCCUUUCUUUAUUUCGCAAUCAUUUGCGGCGGUUUGAAAUUUCGCCUUGCUAGCCUUUCUCUCGAUCCUUGUACUGCGAUAUCUGCACACACAAGUUGCUGAUGGCCUUACCCGCUGCUUCGUCAAAACUCACAUUCUCUCUGUUCUCACCUCCAGUGGGCCUUCUCGUAUGUUCAGAUUUCACGAGUGCCGUAAUGUCAUUACUGUUCCUAGUUUUCAAGCUUUGUGUUCUUCACCAAACUGAUCGGUAAUUGACGUUGUCCUUUUUUCAGAGGUGCAGAAAGUGUUCAACUUUCCUCCGGGUAUAAAAUUUCAGGUUUUCGAACCUUCCUUAAAAUAAUGUGAAUAAUUUAAUGGCUUUUACAAUUUGCAAAAUAUAUAAAUUAUGUUCAUUCAAAAUCGGCUUUUUAUUCCUAUUUCCAGCUGACUAGUAUUUAGCAUUGAUCAGUACAGAUCAUAAACAGUACAGGCUGGCGACUGUUAGCAGAUGUAUAUGUUACGAUUGCUACAAAAACGCGACCCUCGGAAAGUAGAGUGUUCCACAAACCUUCCCGCUGACCUUACAUGGUAAUCCUUCCUCACGGUCGCGGGUGGUGCCCGCGCAUAACCGCAACUUUUUUGCAACUCUGCCUUUCUACCGAAAAUUGCCGUGGUGUUCGGUGGCUUAGGAACUUGAGCUAACCACUUUCGGAUGGGAACACCUUUGCUCAAUCCUACUUUAUAAAUUUGCAGCGGCUACGCGAGUCUUGGGUGCAGUUCUUGUUGUAAUAUCCAGCAUUUGAAGUUGCCACGUAGUUGUGAAAGUUCCUGUUAUGAAUCUCUUUUUGAAACUGUUGUAUAUAGUAGUUCAUGAGCAUUAUUUGCGCCGUUGGAAUCCAGUGGAAAUCGAUCGCAUCUUAAAUCAACCUAUUAAAACUCGAACAUAUAUACAUAUGGAUAUAUUCGAGAAACAUGAGGAUGCAACUUGGAAACUUUGGAGAUUUAGUAGGAACAUUCAGGACCAUCGAUCAAAACAGCGAGAAGUAUUUUUAUUUUUUACAAACUGGCGAAAAUCUAUACCCGCAGUAUUACACCAUGCCCGACACACCACUACAUAAAAUAUUUAACAGAUCAAAAGCAUUGCAAAACACGUGAGAAGUAAACUAUACUGCUUGACUUUCUUAUUACUAUAGUACAGUUUCAAUUUCAGGCCUAUAUCCAUUAAUCGGAUGGAAAAUAGGAUCGGAAGUGACGUACUUGGCCGAGGGUAAUGCUGCAGGGAUUGGAACUGCUAUUGACUGGGCGGGUGAAAUAGGUAAGAAUGUUUGAACAGUCAGAAUCUUCCAAUUUAAAACAUUGCAUAAUAAACAAACCUUAUAUUUAAAAUACAGAAUACUUCCAAUAAGCAAACUCUCUCAUUCACUGAUAAUUUUUUUAUAUUUUAUGUUUCAUUUUUUCAUUUCCCAAACUUCUCAAAGUAAUUGUACCUUCAUUUUUUAAGUACAGCUUAUUCCACAUUGACUAAUGUCAUAGCACGUUUAUUUGAGAUUAUUUUUACGGCACAAUUAUGAGAUUGGCGCAAUCCACUUAGCCUGCGUAGCAGUCGCUUUAUUUUAUUGUAGGUUUUGAGGAUUUUUGAAUAAAUGGCGGAUUAGAAAAAAUGGGCGAAGAGAAAAAGGGCGAGAAAAAACGGGCGUUUUCUCGCCCUUUUUUUUCUUCGUCCAUUUUUCUAACUCGCCAUUCAAAAAUCCUCAAAACCUACAAUAAAAUAAAGCGACUGCUACGCAGGCUACAAUCCACUGGAAAAAAUCGUGAAAUCCAUACUAUGGAAUUUGCAAUUGCAUCACUAAAUCCAUAGUAUAUCCACAUUAUUUCCAUACUAUAUAUCCAUAGUAUGUACACAUUAUUUCCAUAUAUAUAUAUAUAUAUAUAUAUAUAUAUAUAUAUAUAUAUAUAUAUAUAUAUAUAUAUAUAUAUAUAUAUAUAUAUAUAUAUAUAUAUAUCCAUAGUAUAUCCAUAUUAUUUCCAUACUAUCUCCAUAGUAUAUCCACAUUAUUUCCAUACUAUAUAUCCAUAGUAUGUACACAUUAUUUCCAUAUAUAUAUAUAUAUAUACAUAGUAUAUCCACAUUAUUUCCAUACUAUAUCCAUAGUAUAUCCACAUUAUUUCCAUACUAUAUAUCCAUAGUAUGUACACAUUAUUUCCAUAUAUAUAUAUAUAUACAUAGUAUAUCCACAUUAUUUCCAUACUAUAUAUCCAUAGUAUAUCCACAUUAUUUCCAUACUAUAUCCAUAGUAUAUCCACAUUAUUUCCAUACUAUAUAUCCUUCAAACACUCAUUAAUAAUUCAUAAGCUUAUUGGCAAAUCAUGUCAACCGUAAUAUGUCACGUGCAGUGGCUUUAAACCUGAUAAAACACUCCUAAUUAGUAUUCUUUACAUAAAGAAUACUAAUAAGGCAGUAUCUAUUGUUGUCUUGUCUUCAUUAGUAUUUUUUAUAUAAAGAAUACUAAUAAGACGGUAUAUCUAUUGAAUUUGUAGUCGUGUUUGAAGCCGUUUAAUAAACUCGCAGGUCGUGUUUUAUUAGGUCUAAAGCCACUCGCGCUGCGCGCUCGUGUCUUUAAACCUAAUAAAACACUCCUGCUCGUUUAUUAAACAGUACAUAGUAUAUCCACAUUAUUUCCAUACUAUAUAUCCAUAGUAUAUCCACAUUAUUUCCAUACUAUAUAUCUAUAGUAUAUCCACAUUAUUUCCAUACUGUAUCCAUAUAGUAUAUCCCCAUUAUUUCCAUACUAUAUAUCCAUAGUAUGGAAAUUACAAUUAGUAUGAAAAUUGGAUUUCCAUACUCUAUCCAACGAAGAUCCAUACUAUUUCCAUAAGGAUUUUGAAAAAAAAUUCAGUAAUCAAGUCAUUCCUUUUCAACCGCACUCCAAAAUCAGUUUUCUAUUUAUCUUUUGCGACAGCUGCUUGAAACGUCGCCGAUACAAAAGGGGUUGAUAAAAAUUCAAGUAUUUCCUUUUGAGUUGCAGAAAACUGUUAAUUUAAUGACUCAUUGUAAUGAAAAUGUACAUUGAUUUUCUUAUAUCAGGAUUUUAUGAGAAAGACAAAGUAGCAGAGACAUCCAAGAUUGCAAGCUCUAUUGAAGGUAAUUAUAAACCCGAUGACCAUUCCCUAGUUAUUUAUAAAUUUAUAUUAAAUUAUAAUAUUUUUUGUGAUAAUGUGGACCCUGGUUCCUAUUAAUAUUAAUAGCAAGAAAAGUUGCACAAUAUAAUUACCGAUAUUAUGCCUCACAAUAAACUUUUUCAAUCACAGAACGUUUCAUAUGGUAUUUUUCAGUGAAUAUCAUCCCACAACCAACUCGUGCCCUCCGCCAGCGCAUGUAUUCGACGUCCAAUGCCACGCUACAGCGGAAAUACCCCGCUCGAACCCAGUCCAUCUUCUCUCCACAAUGCAGUGGCUGACACUUCUACCAUAUGAUCACCUUUAGUUGCUGGAAAUGUCUUUAAUAUUUUUUGUCCUAAAUGUCAUGCAAUAUAAUUAUAGCUUACAACUUUGUUACAUAGUUUGUCAGCUAUCGGUGAAAGGUUUUCGCCCUCUGCCCCCCCCCCCCCACCUCACCCCAGUGUCCGCCACUAAACGUCUCAUUUCAUCGGCCACCAACCUGGCAGAAGCAACAGAAAAAAUAGAAGUGAAGAUGAAAAGGAAGUUAAUGAUUUUCGGUAAAAUAUAUCAUUGCUCAGGCUUCGCCUUGGUAAAUUUCAUCACUCUCAGCAGCUCCUCAGGGUCAUUUUUGGUGGUGUACCCCUCGGUAUAACUAACAGUAACUACUCACAAGUGAAGCGCUGUAUAUUGCUUGACCUUGCUCCAAUAUUACUCCUUUUCAUGCAUGUAGCAUUUCAGGUGACGAGGAUCCAACCUUUGCCAACGUGUGUUUGCUGUCUAGAUAGCAGCUACAAGUGACGAAAGUCACAACAUUUUCACCAUUAUUUUUUAUUAUAUUUUUAUUAAUAGUUUUCUGAUAUAUUCUUGUAACUUCUGUAAGUGCAUGUGAGUGCAUUUAUGAUUUUACAAUAUAUUCUUAGAUUGCAAUGGUGUUUACUUUGUUCCUGCCUUUGGUGGUUUACAGGUAAUUGUACUCAUAAACUAUUAGUAUAGGUAAUCAUGCGAUGGCGAGUACAUGCAAUUAGGGAUUAAUAGUACGAGUAUUGUUUGGAAAUUUUGCCAAAAUUGGACGAGCCGCCGGGGCGAGUCCAAUUUGGCAAAUUUCCAAACAUCACGAGUACUAUAUUCUCUCGCCAAAACCCAGUCCUGCCAGACUUUGAACCAAAAUUUGGUGCUUUUGUUUGUAUUUUCAUUUAAUUCUUUUGUUCAAGCAAAAUUUGGUGCUUUUAUUCGUAUUUUCAUCUAGUUCCUCCACGGCAAUUUCCUCUCAACCAAUCAGCAUCCAGUAAUUUUGUCAUGCUAAUAAUAAUUAUAGCAAAACCAUAGUUCAUAAGUUUUAGAUGUUAUUUUUUGUAAUAGUUUAUAUUGUCAUUAUUUCUUCAGGCUCCUAUCAAUGAUAACAAAGCUUGUACGUCAAUGUUUGGUAUUACACCAUCAACAACCAAAGCUCAUAUUGUUCGAGCUAUUUUAGAAUCUAUUGCUUACAGGUAUAUUUAGAUUGUAAAUUUGUAAUAUAUUAAGUUAUUAAGUCACUUUGUAUUUAUACAGGGUGUAUAAAAACAGUUAUUUUUCACCCUGCUCGGUUUCCUUUGUUCUUAUCGGGGAAAAUCGAACUUAUCGGGGAAUAUAUUCAAUAUUCCCCUCUAAUCAAUUUCCGUUUAAUAAUCCCCUCUAAUAUUCACCUGUAAUGUCUUUGCAGCACAAAAAAUGAGAAAAAACAACAUAACGAAGGCAAUAUGGCAUUAAGAAUUAUUUCUAUUCUGACUCAUUAACGCGACCUCGCAAUGUGAAAAAUAAGUACGUUAUUUUGAGGCACCAUGCACGUACGGUAUUUUACUGUGUUUCCUGCAUGGUUUCAUACAUGCUGUGAUUCGGUAUAGAAUCAAUUUGUACCCUCUCUAUUAAACCCUCGCCCAUAAACAAGCCACCUCAAACUCUCAAAGGAUUUAUAUACGGUGUUUCUUCUACAGAAUUUAUCAACUUUAUACUACAGUUCAAGAGGAAACACAAAUACCAAUUAUAUCAUCACUAAAGUAAGACGUUUAUGUAUACUCUAAUAUAAUAAAAAUUCGUAUGUUAACAGCGGACAUUUUACAAGAUUGUUCCAACAAACUGUUAUCAGAUUGGCCGCUGAGAGGUUGCGCGGCGCUCGAGGCAAAACUUUCCCAGUGGUCCUUAUGACAUCACAAAACUUUCCCAGGGGCUCCUGUGAGUCGUAAUAGAGAGCUUUUGAUUUUAUUACGAGAUUCGUCUAUUUGAAUAAGCGAAUAGCCAUAUUCUUACUCGUGUAUACUGACGCGGAAUCAAUUGAUGGAAUUUUUGAAGUCUCGUAAUCUAUAACAAGGGUCGACACGAGAUUAUGGCGUGCGUACGUAAUGGCGUCGGAAGAUGGCAAGUGUGUGCAAACAACGAAUCUCGUAGACGUGUUCGUAGUAAAAUCUAAAGCUUCCUAAUUGUAAAACGGGAGAAGUGGUGUUUUACAAUAUCUUACGCUUUAUUAUCUGGCAAUGACGCAGCUAGGAUUAUUUUCUCGGUUUAGCAAUCUUGUAUCAGGAAACUUUAAGGGUAUUCGUCGCUUUAGGGGCUCCUUUUGAGCUGAGGGCCUGGGCAAAAUGCCCCCCCCCCCCAUCCCCCAUGAUAAUAUGUAGUAAAUGUUUAUAAAUUUCUACCUCAGAGUUGACGGUGGUGUAAGUAAGAACGACUUCGUAAUGCAGUUACUGAGUACACUUACGGGACAGAGUAUUGAACGACCAGUUCAAGUUGAAAUGUCAUGUUUGGGAGCAGCAUUUUUAGCUGGUCUAGCUGCAGGUACGCGUGUUAUUCUAAUUUUGGUGGUGGCAACAUUUUGCAGCCCCGCGCGGGAUGAGCAAACAUUUUUGAACAUCCGGUCCAACCCGAAAGGUUUCAUAUUCCACUUGAUAGCAAUACGUGCGUGCAUGAUUUAGAUUCGGAAGAGAAACCAAACAAGAGAUUCAUUAGCGCAAACCGAAGGAAAAACAAAUAUGAAUAUUUAUAUCAACUAGAUACAUUUCCCUUUGUAUCAACUAACUUCAAACAAACAAACAAACAAUUUCAUACUUUUCUUUUCAAGGUGUAUGGAAAUCACGCGAUGAACUAAAAGCAAUUCGCUGUUCAGAGAAAUUAUUUCAGCCUCGUCAUAGCUUAAGAGAUGGACAUGAAAUAAAUUACGAGAAAUGGAAAGAAGCUUUAGCUCGGAGUCGUGCUUGGUACAGUUGAUAUGAGAUGCUUAGGGUACAGUAGUUUUAAGGUAGUUUUUAAAUUCAGAGGUAGGAAUCUGACGUACAGGUACAACACAGGCCUAUUAAUGCAGAUUGUGCCUUCUUUUCUACUUGGAGGCAAUAUCUAACAUCAGUGGAAUAUUUAGAACUCGGUUUUGAAAAUGUCACUGUUGCCAUGGCAACAUGGCGAAUGUUUAAAACCUGCUUAUAGGUAACUUUUACACACAAUGAUUAAUCGGGCCGAUUCAUCUUUAAUUAAAUGAUAUUUGAAAAAUAGGCUGUCAACGUCAUCUGACGACAUCGUCAACUGACAACAUUUGUCAUUAACAUUUGUCAAAACCUGAAAUCUGCCCGUUUAAUUGUUGUGUGUGAACGUAGAUUAUUUUAGCCACUGAAAAAUGAAGUCGGUGACCUAUAUCUCUUUUAUUUCAUAUAUCAAUAGAGCAUGAUGUUCUGCAACUGUUGGGAAAAUUUAAUAAAAUUCUUUACAGUGCGAUUUUUUUAAAAGCGAAAAUUUUAUUACAAGAUUUCCCGCGCUGGCACUGUAAAGAUUUUUUUAAAUUUGAAAUAUAUAAUAUUUACUAAAAUCAAAAUUUGUGGUCAAAAUUUGAAGAUAGGUUACCGAUGAAAAUAAUGAAUAAAAUGCAAUUCAAGUUGUAAAAAACCCUCGUUAAAUUCCCCUUAUAUAAAAGCGUCGCUGACUAGUGAAAUAUUGUGCGCGAACGCAGAACGAGCUUUCAUCCAGCAAAAUCGGGUGGCAAUUUGUUUUUACUGUUUUGAUUUUGUCAAUUUUUCGACUUAUUUGAAUACCAUGGACAGCCAAGGAAUGCUGUGAAGGAUCGAAUCAAUGAAAGCGCAAAACCUCUAAGGUUGAGCUGACCCAGUCUAUGAGCUGUAAAAGCCUGUUAAGGUGGACGUAUUUUUUUGUUUGAUUUACUCUUGCUAAAAAUGAACAACGCGUUUUGCUAUCAAACUGCGAACAUCCCGCAUGCUACCACAGAUUAAGUAUGAACAAAUGUGUAACUUCAGUAAAAAAAGUUGGCCCCGGGUCGCCAUUAUCCUAGCAAAUGGCGCCCGCGUGAUAAUUUGGUGAUAUUUGUGAUUUGGAGCAAGUUUCGAAUUCGAUUUGGAGCAAGGUUCGAUUUGCGUUUCCGAAGCCUCGGAAGAGCAUUUUCCGUGUUUCCUGAGAGGAAUGUUUAUCAAUGUUAUGAAUAUUGCAUUUAAGGGACGGAC